AUGGCAAAAAACAAAGAUGAUGAAGAAAGUUAUUGUGGUGGAGGUGGCUACUGGGAUAUGGUAGAAGACCUCGAGGAAGAAAUAUGUUUCGAUGCCCAGGAAGUCAUACCAAAUCUAUACAUCGGGUCAAUUAGUGCUGCAACUUGCACAACUAGCUUAAAAGAACAUAAAAUUACUCAUAUUUUAUCAAUUUCAACUAAUCCUCCAAAAAUUAAAGAAUUUACAACACUUUGUAUUAAUAUUGAAGAUGAAAGUCAAAAAGAUAUUUCUAGUUACUUCCAACAAUGUCAUGGUUUCAUUGAAAAUGGUAGGAAAUUAGGUGGGAUAUUAGUACAUUGUAGUGCAGGUGUUAGUAGAAGUGCAUCUGUUGUAAUCAGUUAUUUAAUGAGUGUAUUCUUUAAACCAUUUUGGUAUUGUAUGCAAUAUCUUCGUAAUAUUAGACCUUGUAUUCAACCAAAUACUGGUUUCAUCAAUCAAUUAAUUAAUUAUGAAGCUACAAUUUUAAAAAAUCAAAAUGUAAUUUCAACAACAACAACUACCACAACUACCACAACAAUUACAAAAAAAAAAUUAAUAUCCAAUGAUUGUAAUAAUGAUGAUAAUAGUAGUGGUGGCAGUGGUGGUGGUAUGGAAUCAUAA